UCCCGCCAUGGGAGCCUGAGCGCCCUGCAGUUCCCCCGGCCCCCUGCCCCCGGGGCCUCGACGGGGAAAGAGGCGAGUGGUCUGGGACGGAGCCGGGGUGAACGACCUCAGGAGCCCCCCUCAACAACCCCCAUCGGCCGCGCUGCCGGUCCUGGAGCGCUGAGUUCGGAGCGACCCGGUGCGCUGCGGAUACAAAGGCGCGGAGCGGAGCGGGGCGUGCGCCCAGUCCAGCCGACUGUUCGCAGCGGCGGGUGUCGCCGCUUGAAUUUCUCUGAGAUAAGCCCACUCGUCCAGCAAAAUAGAGUCCCUCAGGGUGACAGUUGACUUCCUAAAGGUGCCUCUUGGCCUGAAGAAGCCUGUGCUAAAGGAGGUGGCUGUGGGGCCCCCCAAGAGGCUCCAGCCCGCGACCCUGGAGCGCUACAAGGCACGGCGUUCAGACGCCAUGGACACCGAGUCCCAGUACUCGGGCUACUCUUACAAGUCGGGCCAUUCCCGCAGUUCCAGAAAGCACAGGGACCGCCGGGACCGACACCGCUCUAAGAGCCGGGAUGGGAGCCGUGGAGAUAAAUCAGUGACGAUCCAGGCUCCAGGAGAGCCCCUGCUGGACAAUGAGUCCACGAGGGGAGAUGAGCGGGAUGACAACUGGGGAGAGACAACAACGGUGGUCACAGGCACCUCCGAGCACAGUAUCUCCCACGAUGACCUCACGCGCAUCGCCAAGGACAUGGAGGACAGUGUGCCGCUGGACUGUUCACGCCACUUGGGCGUGGCAGCAGGGGCCACUCUGGCGCUCCUCUCUUUCCUCACCCCGCUGGCUUUCCUGCUUCUGCCUCCACUACUGUGGCGGGAGGAGCUGGAGCCGUGUGGGACAGCGUGUGAGGGCCUCUUCAUCUCCGUGGCCUUCAAGCUGCUCAUCUUGCUCUUGGGCAGCUGGGCUCUGUUCUUCCGCCGGCCCAAGGCCUCGUUGCCCCGAGUCUUCGUGUUACGCGCCCUGCUCAUGGUGCUCGUCUUCCUGCUCGUUAUCUCCUACUGGCUCUUCUACGGCGUGCGCAUCUUGGAUGCGCGGGAGCGCAGCUACCAGGGCGUGGUUCAGUUUGCUGUUUCGCUAGUGGACGCCCUACUCUUCGUGCACUACCUGGCUGUAGUUCUGCUGGAGUUGCGCCAACUCCAGCCCCAGUUCACGCUUAAGGUCGUGCGGUCGACGGACGGGGCCAGCCGCUUCUACAAUGUCGGCCAUCUCAGCAUCCAGCGAGUGGCAGUGUGGAUCCUGGAGAAGUAUUACCAUGACUUCCCUGUCUACAACCCCGCCCUCCUCAACCUGCCCAAGUCCGUCCUGGCCAAGAAAGUGUCUGGCUUCAAGGUGUAUUCUCUCGGAGAGGAAAACAGCACCAAUAACUCCACUGGCCAGUCAAGGGCUGUGAUUGCGGCAGCGGCACGGAGGCGGGACAACAGUCACAAUGAGUACUACUACGAGGAAGCCGAGCAUGAGCGCAGAGUGCGGAAGCGCAGGGCCAGGCUUGUGGUGGCUGUGGAGGAGGCCUUCACUCACAUUAAGCGGCUGCAGGAAGAGGAGCAGAAGAACCCCAGGGAGGUGAUGGAUCCCCGGGAAGCAGCCCAAGCCAUCUUUGCCUCCAUGGCCCGUGCUAUGCAGAAGUACCUCCGGACCACCAAGCAGCAGCCUUACCAUACCAUGGAGAGCAUCCUACAGCACCUGGAGUUCUGCAUCACUCAUGACAUGACGCCCAAGGCUUUCCUGGAGCGAUAUUUGGCAGCUGGACCCACCAUCCAGUACCACAAGGAACGGUGGCUGGCCAAACAGUGGACAUUGGUGAGCGAGGAGCCGGUGACCAACGGGCUUAAGGACGGCAUCGUUUUCCUCUUAAAACGCCAGGACUUCAGCCUGGUGGUGAGCACCAAGAAGGUGCCAUUCUUCAAACUCUCUGAGGAAUUUGUGGAUCCCAAGUCUCACAAGUUUGUCAUGCGGCUGCAGUCGGAGACCUCUGUGUGACUCUACAGCAGUAGCAGGGCAGGGGGGGAUGUGGGGGGGGCUCCUGCAGAGUGGGCUUGGCUUGGGGCUCCGGCCCUGCCACAUUUCUGCUGCCCUACUUCCUCUUGCUCUUGUUUUUGUUUUGUUUUGUUUUUUUACUUGAAUUAACUUAUCCUGUAUCUGGUCUCCACCCCUCUUCCUCAGUUUUCCCAUGUAAAUCUGGAGAGACCACCUUGCUUUAACAAUAUUUGGGAACCACCCUGCCUCCCCCCCCCAAGUUUGUAUCACUCCAGGCUCUGCAGGAAACAGUGCCUCUUACCCUGUUCUUUCCCAAAGUGUCCCCUGGAUGGAAGUCCCUUCUCAAAGGGCGCAGGACCUUCUUGAUUGUACCUUAACCCUGAACUUCCACAUAACAAACCUAAGUUCUUAGAGCCCUGCUCUCCAGUGGUCCUAAUAGGGUUUCUCUGGAGUGGGGGCGCAGAGCUUUGACCCCAGAGAGCCAUGGUGCCAAACUCUUGCGGGACAGCAGCUAACCCUGUUCCCUGUGCCCACUCAUAGCCCCGAGUCCCUGGGCAGGGCUGGACCUGUGACAAGUCCCAGAGUUAGGAUUCUCCCUGCGUGUUAACUUGCUUCCCGCUGUUACAGCUGUACUUUCCUGGUCCACGCACAGACAGAACAAGUGGGAAGUCCCACCCAGGAGUCUUCAUUGCUAUUUCUGACUUGUGGGAUCACAUGAUCAUAGGCAAAUUGAGGUGAAAACCUCUUUGACCACUUUACUAGGGCUGUGGGGGAGGUUCGGUAUUUCUUUUUUGGGCAACUUCUAAGGGGAAGGGCAGGACAACCCCCUCAAGUUGGAGAGAUGCUUGUCACUGGCCCCUAUCCCUCUGAACCACUGACCCUUAUCCCUCUGAGCAGUUCGUUUCCACCCUUACCCGUGAAGGAUGCAUGUUGACUUCUGUAGGGACUUUAUGAUGUGCAGACCCUGACCAACCCUAAGAUGUGGUCUAAGACCAUGGCCUAAGACAUUUUUCUUUUCUGCACCAGCUACCCCAGUCCUGCUAACUUCCAACUCUAGAGACCUGUGGCCUCAUCUCUUCUUAGGGGAGGGCCCAGCCGCUCCUUCUCAUCCCCUGCCUUAAGUCCGGUUCUUUGCCUCAGGGGUCUCUUUUCCAUGGCCUUCCAGGGUCCCAUCCUCUUCUCUCCCUGCCUUGCUUUCUAGGCUCUAUAUUGGGGUGAGGGACCAGGAUUCCUGCCUUUUGUAGGUCUUAGCUCCUCACCCCAUUUUAACUAACAUAGCCUUUGCACCACAUCUGAAUCUCAGUAAUUGAAAGCUCAUUUUGAGCAGGAUUCAUUAACCCUCUAGUGGAUAUUUUCAGAGCAAAUUUAAGCCCUUAAAUCAGACACCUUUAAAUUAUCUUUUAUCACAAGAAAGUAGAAACAGGAAAUAUCCACAUCCAUCCUUCCAGGAGUCCGUGUGGGAGAUGAUUCUGAUGGCUGGGACGGAGCAAUGCCCCUGGGUCGGUCAUGUCUCUUAAAUAACUACCAAAGCCCCUGCAUAGGCCUUUCACUUCCCUGGAAAUUUUGCUGGUGUUUGCCGUCCGCUGAGAUGAGGUACCCAUUGAUCUCUAUGUGAGGCUGUGGGAUCCAUAGCCAACCACCCCUUACUGUUCCCACAGGAAUGGGCUUUUGGAGCUGACUUAGGCAGGGCCUCAAGGUUAGCCUAGGCGUCUGGUAGAGGUUCCUGGAUAGACUCCAGGGAAAUAAAUCUGUACUUGAGUCACGGGAAGGUAUCUUUCCUUUUCUCCUUCCUUCCUUCCUUCCUUCCUUCCUUCCUUCCUUCCUUCCUUCCUUCCUUCCUUCCUUUCUUUCUUUCUUUCUUUCAAAGCAGGUUUCAAAGGAGUCCUUUUGGGUCACAUAAAUACCUCACUAUCCUGGAAAGCAGGGCCUGGAUGGUGAUUGGGGACCGCUGCCUUUUUGGGCAAGAAUGGGGUAUGGUGUUGGUUUAAGCAGUGGGUGGGGGUGGGCAGAAGGAAAAUAUUUGGGAUCUUAGUUGAUGCCCUAGGUUAGGGGCGCAGGGGCGUUUAUUUUAAGAACCUGCCAUGUUUUUUAAUCACUGUGAUAUUUUCAUUCCUUUUCCCUAAAAUGAAAAAGAAAAAAGUCUCCCCGACUCUCUGUCAAAGCACUAAGGGCUGUGACUAAGAAUGGUAUAGCGUUUUGGUCCUUUGUGUCAGAACUGUGGUAUCUUUGUCUACUUUGGUUAUUAUGUUUUUUAAAAUGUCCGGAUGACUUGUCAAGAAUAUAGCUCUGUGUGUGUGUGUGUGUGUGUGUGUGUGUGUGUGAGAGAGAGAGAGAGAGAGAGAGAGAGAGAGAGAGAGAGAGAGAGAGAGGUGUGUAUCUGUGUGUCUUUUCUUCUUCAGAAUAGGAAGUUGUCUUCAUGCUGUGAACCGCUGUGUGUGGGUGGCUGACUCAGUCCCUCUGAGCAGUUUCCCCCACCAAUCUUGUCCCACCACUCACUUGGUUUCUAUUCUUCCACUGGAGGAAUGUGCCUGCCCAGCCCAGCGCUAUCACCGCAGGGGAUGCUGUGCUGGCCUACUUUAGUGUCCUCGCUUCUCCAUCCGUGAGGCGUCCUAGCUCAUCCCGCUGCUCCUUGGCCUUUGUUUUCACGACCUUGGAGUGCUUACCUCUCUUCCCUCCACGCCAGGACACCGUGCCUAAGUCCUUCACCUACCUCACCACUCUGUCGCUAUCCCCAUCGGUCCCUUCCUGGUUUCUCCUAAAUAAGUGUCUUUGUUCGCUCUGUUUUUAUUUUAUGUCCUCCCAGUUCUGGAAUCUCUUCCCUUCUGCUUUUGGUCCUAGCCAGCCACAGCAUUCCCACUGUAAACCCUGAUUUAAUAAAGACAAGGAGGCAGGAUCCUGGGAGGUCCUCACUCCAAAUGUCUGGUUUCCAGGGUUUGUGCUUGCCCUGUUGGUUGGGCCUUGCUCUGCCUUGUCAGUUCCUAGUGUCUGUCAGUCUCUUGCCCCCUCUGUUCUCCUCGUGGGACAACAUCUACUGAUGGAUUCUGUUCUGAUGUGUGAUUGUUGUAAUUUGUUCUUCUGUGUGCAAAAGGAAGGGCCUUCUUGAAUCUCUUCCAAGUGAGAAUGUAAUUUAGAAUUUUCCAUGGUUGGAUCUAGAUUUUUAAAUUCCUUUUCUUCCCCCCUUUUCUUCUUUUUUUCUUUCUCUUUCUUUUCUUUCCUUUUUUUCUUUCUUUCUUUCUUUUUCCUCCUUUUUUUGGUUACAGAGCUGAGAUCUUGUGCAUGCAUGUAGAAAAUUGUAAAAUGUAAAUUUUUUUAAUAUAUAAAAAUCUUGUUUUUACAGUUUGCAGUGGAUUAAACAUUAUGGCAA